AUGCCCCCUUUGGAGAGAAAAUACGAUAUAAUUAAUCAUACAGUGAGCGUAGCAGAUGUAGACCAAGUUCAAGCUUUUCCCAUCGGAAUGUUAUUCCUUCCUGACGGUAGUACUUGUACCGCCAGUGUAAUCAACACUCCUGAAAGUGGAAAUAUUGGACUUACUGCAGCGCAUUGUCUUUAUGAUGACGAAAAUCAUGAAUAUUUUGAUAAUAUAAUGUUUUCUCCCGGAUAUGACCAUGGACAACAAGGUCCACUUAAUCUAAUUCCUGUUGAAGAGGCGGUAGUGCCAGAUGAAUUUAUUAAUAAUAAUGAUGAUCAUUUCGAUUGGGGCUUUAUGAGGUUUACAUUUAACAUGAAUGGCCAUCCAUUACAAGAUUUUACGGGAGCUCUCGGUUGGAGAUUCAAUGUAGAAGAAGGUGUUGAAACAACUAUUCGCGGUUAUCCAGAGGGAGGUGAUCUUGAAGAUUGUCCAAAUGAUGGAGAAACUCUUUGUACAUGGGAUGGAGAAGUAUUUUUGCAUGAGUUUUAUUUCGUACCUGCCUUAGACUUAGGAGAAGGUGCAAGUGGAUCUCCUUAUAUAAUGCUUUAUGAUCAAAACACUAACUUGGGUUGGUUAUAUAGUAAUUAUAUUGCUUAUGAUGAUAACAACGAUCAUGCUAAUGGACCUAUUUAUGAUCCAAUACAAUUCCAAGGAUUGUUAGGUGAAAUUAUAGGUUUUUGA